AUCAAAACCAAGCUUGCAUUUAAUAGGUCAAAUAUGGUCAGAUCCACCCUUUGCAACCCGAAGUUGCCCAGCGGAGCGAUCGGGACCCCUUUCUUUGGGAUUGCCGGUGGUCGUGGGACCCCCGACUGCUCGGGACCCAGCUUUUCGACUCACCACUGAAAACGCCGCAAGCGACCAAGCCUCGGUGGAACCAGCAGAUCGCGACCGAUUUGGCUCGAAGAGGGCAGGAUCUCCCCACGAAUCCGGUGGGAGGAGCCAAGGCAGAGAAUCGACACCGCCUCUGUGUUUUGUGAGCCAUGUGGCUCACGAGAAUGUAACAACUGCAACGCAGCAGUGCAGAGGCCUGCAGGAACACGCCGUGCGGUCUCCAUUGAGGCGGACGCAUGUGGAGUGUCAACUUGAUCCUGAUAGCACCUUGCGCCUCGCGCGUCCGGUCGUGUCGCUACCAUUGCCAUCCGGUUGUUUUCACGUUUUGCUUUAGAAGGCAAACUUGCACACAUGGUGGUGUGCGUCUUAAAAAGAAAGGCAUAUUAUUUGCUCAUGAUUCAACCACGAGUUCUGCUCCAGCCUUUUAAUUGCGAUUUGUUACUGUCGAUCGAGCUGUUAAUUGUUGUCAUUGACAUUGCACAUGGAGAUAGGGCGCAGGAAGAUGGACACAUAUGCGGUUCGCCUAGGUUUCAGAGCGUAUUUUCAACAUUUGCAUGGCAUUUACAGUGUUUUUGCUAGUGUGUGUGUGUGUGUGCGCUCUCCCAGGCACACACCGCUCUCUAACUUUUUGUUGCUGCGUCACAGUGGUCACGCUCUGGUUGCGGGAUGUUGCAGUCCUUCUCGUUCGAUGACCAAUCUGCGACCUGAGGCAGUGGUGGUGCUUCCGUCACUGUGGCUGUUGGCCUCGGUCUUUCAGAACCUUUGGAUUCCCCUGGUGGUCCUGGCUGCAGCCUUCCUCUUGUACGUCCUGGGCAAAUUGCUGGAGGGCUUGCAAUUCAAUUUCCAGCUCUUUGGUGCCAACACCACCUCGUCCUUGACGAUGACCAUUGACGCCGCGGAGCUGGAGGUGCUCAAGGUGGAGUUUCGAGAGCUGAAGGAGCAGUUGUUUGGGGAGGUGGAAAUCUCCGAGGGGAGGCUUGGGAAGUCCUUGGCCAUGCUGCGGAACUUGAGCCGCCUCGAUGCCAAGGUGCAAGAGAUGAGGGAUGUCCUUCGCAUGUUGGAGCACGAUCAGAGCAGCACCUUGGAGGAGAUCUUCCUCCGGCAGCAGCAGAAGGGCCGUGAGUUGGCACGCUUCGCGGUGGACCUGCUAACAGAGACGCUGACCGCCCAGGACUUUUGGAAGCAGCUGGGUCCUCACUUGUUGGCUGCUGGGGUCGUCCAACAUCUGGAUCCCGAGACGAUGCUCCGUCUGGAGACCGAGAAGGCACGUGCCCAGGAGCAGCUGCGGAUCGAUCGUGGCAUUCCCCAGAGCAUUGAACACAUCAGGGUGGGUGGCUGGAUCCGGCUUUACGAAGCGAUGGCGAAGGACUUCGACCAGUCCCUGCCAUAUCGCGCCUCCGUGUUCUUGGCUGUAUGCACUGCUUUGGUUGGCCUGGGACUGUUCUACCAGAUCAUGAAGCGGCGCAUGCGGAUUCCACGGCUGGUGGAUGAGACCUCGGUCUCCUGGCGGUUUCGAAGGAAGGGCGACGCAUCGGUGCGAGAAGUUUUUGAUGGCGAUCGACAGUCCAUGGAUCGGCCCAAGGUGGUGCUGUCGGAGGAGGUACGACAGACCGUGGAGGACAUGGCCCUAGUGGCCUCGAAGCGGAGGCACCGCUCCCACUCGCUGCCGCUGCCGCUGCCCAACGCCGUGUUCUUCGGACCGCCGGGCACGGGCAAGUCGCUCACGGCCCGGCGCUUGGCGGAGUCCUGCGGCAUGGACUAUGCCAUCCUCUCGGGUGGCAACAUCUUGGGUUUGAAGGAAGAGGCCGUCCCAGAGCUGCGCCGCGUCUUUCGCUGGGCGCGCAGGUCCUCACGGGGUUUGCUGCUCUUCAUCGAUGAGGCGGAGGCGUUCCUUUGUUGCCGGAGUUCACAGAGCAACUCCUAUGUGCAGGCAGCGGUGUCUUUCUUCUUGGCGCAGACGGGUGCUUCCAGCUCGCAAUUGCAGCUGAUCCUUGCAACCAAUCGCAUCCAGGAUUUGGAUGGCGCCGUGCUGAGCCGACUGGUCCUUCGCAUCGAGUUCGGGUGGCCCGACGCACAGCUCUUGCAACAGCAGGUUGACGACCGGCUGUUGCGCUUGGAGCCAAAGGCCGCGGAGCGCUUCCAAAAGCUCGUGAUGGAGCGAGCAGAGCAAGGCGCGGCGGGCGGACCGUGCACGUUGGGCGAGGCGCUUCAUGGCUGGGCCUUCAGCGGGCGUGAUGUGCAGGGCCUGGUGGAGGAGUUUGCCCGACGCUGGAGCCUUGAAGAAGAGCUUGGGCGGAAAGCCGACAAGGAGUGGCUGGACCGUUGGUUCCUUCAUCGUGGAGUCGCUUCCUCCUGAGCAGCUCACCAGCCGCGGGCGCGGAGCGAGCAGCGAACUGGCUGACGCGGUGUGUCGAAGAGCACUUUGAUCACCGUCAGUGCCACGCUCAUGCCAAACGGGCUCCGAGGUGCUCCAAGGUUCGAUUCGUCGAUCUGCAAGAACUGGCUUCUUCACUUCAAGAGCCAAAGACACCUCUGAUGGCCUCCACCUCGAAGCGACCUCAUCAGUGACAUAUGAGUUCCAGACGUGACAACGAUGCUGACAUGACAACGAUGGCCCUCAGCCUCAGGGGUGGAUGCACUCCCUGGCAUUUCGUUUGUGGCACGGUCGCCAUGAUUGUAUCGUGACCGAUGCCAUGAUUUUCCUGCAAAGCCAGUCAGAAGGAAGCUGCGAGACCUCCCAUCCCGUUGACGGAUGUGAAGCAUCUCCUGAAGCUGCCAAAGCUAGAGGCUGUGAGAGGAGCUGGAGCUUGUCCCAGUUACUGUCCCAUCACAGUGGGCUGUCACAGAUCCACAGAUGUGUGUUCGUCAUGAAGCUAGAGGCUGUGAAGGGUUUUCACAGGAAAUAGCUCCAAGCUUCCCGGGGCCUCGGCGUCGAGUGCCACGGGAAGCUUCGGAGGCCCGUGACUGGAACACGGUGGUGCCGGCCGUGAACGUUUUUCGGUGCGUCAUGCGCCGAACGAGGCAGAGGCAUCAGUUUGCGUUUUGGAGUGAGGGCUGAGAGGGAUUGAAUUGGGAUUGCGCUGCAGGAUUGGCCCUAUCCAAGCCGGCCAGGUGAUGGGGCUAUGGCAUCCUUGAAGCACAGGCAGGCCAGAAAGGCUGCCAGCCGGCGAGACGUUUGAGUUUGCACGCUGUUUCAACUUGUUGUGGGAAUUGGGCUGUGACGCAGUGCCAAGCUACAUCAGUAGCCAUGCUGGGGAAGUGCCUUCUUUUCGCUUGCUCUGGUUGCCCACCAGCGCGAGACGAAGCGCAAGCGCCCGCUUGCGGGGCGUCUGCCAGUGUUCAGCAGGCUAGUGCUCGCAGCUCCCCGAUUCUUGAUCUUGAGGCGACUGUGGCGUGUCUUUAGCUCAUGAACUUAAAACCAUUCCAACAGGAGCAGCAGCGGAGCUAGGCUCCACAGAAGCAGGAAGCAUUAUGCUUUCGCUCGCAUGUUGUAUGCGAAUGCCCUCAUCGGCAUAGGAAGCACCUCUUCGGAUUCACACAGAUCCGCUUCAAUGCAUACAGAGUUGGUUGGUGGCGCGAGUGUUUUUCAGGAUACACGCGGAGAAGCUGCACUUACUGUAGAGCCCACUCUUAUAUCAGUGCUAUGCCUGUCAAGUGCUAUGGUUGCUAUGGUUGGAUGCAGUUGUGAUGGUUUAGGCAAUUUUUUUGCAGGCGCUGGUUCCAUUACUUUGGAGGAAAAUCCUUCGCACGAAGCCGGCGCAUGGUUGAUUCGGUUUUCACAAUUGAACUUGAGGCGACUCUGUGGUCUGUGGAUCACCGAGAAGGCGACCA